AUGACUUCCGAAAGUGAGCUAGUCUAAUUUAUGAAAAUGAUUAAUUUUUCUAGACACGCUAGAAAUCUCCAACAGAAAAAAAGUCAUUUCCUGCAUUUUUUUGGAGUAUUUUUUUUUUCACCAUAUUAAAACAAUUCAAAACUUUUAAAUCUUCUUUUUUUCAAAGUAUUUUUUUCUGCUAUGACUUUUUUCGUCUAAAUGUCUCUUUUUGCAAAAGUUAAAACGUUCUGACGUUUCUUUUUUUCUCCUUUGAAUAAUCGCCCGUUUUUUUCGCGUUACUUCAACUGUUUCAUGACAAAAAAACUAAAAAAAAUAAAUAGAUACGCAGACGGGACAGGCUGUUUCAAAUCAGACUUCAUCUGAUGUCUAAGCUCGACCGAAAAAACUCAGUGUACCUAAUUAAUUUAAGAUGUGCAAUGGAACCGAGACAGUUUAUCGUCAGUUGAAGGGAAGAAACUGAAAAAGAAAAGCAGUCACCAGAUCGAGCGGGUCAGUUGAAAUUUCUCCUCAUCAGAACUUUUUUUUGAGUCUGUUAAACCUUUCUCUUAUUGAAAACCUUACUUUACGGGAUAACACUUUAAAAUAUUUUUUUAAAAUUAAGCCAAGAUUUUUUGGAUAUCUUAAAAUUUCAACCUAUUCAUAUUUUCUUCUUUAUGUGGUUUUGAAACUAACUCUCAAGGGAGCCAAGGAAGAGUCCUAUUUGGACGAUAGAUAUGAAUAGACUUUUGCUUCAGAGUUCUUCGACGUCGCACGAAGUUCUUGCCUAUUCCUCUACAGAGCUCGGAACGAUGGAGCAUGGCGACGACUGUCUUCCACAGUGUUCCGGCUACAUCGAACUCCCAGUUCCCCAGGAACCACAGUCCAAAUCGAACUCUUCCGACGAAGAUAUCUCCAAUACGAUUCCCAAGGUAGAGUUUUCGUUUGGUAAACCGUUUGUGCCGCGACUUGAAACUUUCUGUCUGCUUGCAUCUCUUUCUCCCUCACCGACGAGGUUAGAGUAACUUCCAAAUAAUGCGAACACGUGAGAGCAUUGCCAAGAGAGAGAAAUAAUAGAGCACAGAAACAAUUUAUGACGGUUCAAACUGAAGAGAAUGGGCUGAAUUGUCUUUUAAAAAUGCUUUCUAUUCAGUACGAGAUUCCGCCCGCGGGCACCGUCAAGAAAACUUAUUGCGACAUUUCCGAUUUCGUAUCAAGCAUCAAACACAUACUGGACAGCGUAAGUUUCCCAUUACUGCUUUUGAAGCUUGCCAAAUACCAACAGAGUUUUUGUGAGAAAAUUGACAGGAAACUGGCUAGAAUGAUACUUUCAGUUUGUGCCUGCUGACGAAGACUUCCUACAUCUCAAUAAGCUGCAAAGAAUGGAAUACGCUCUGUCGAGUUAUCGGUGUGACCAUAAAAUCAAUAACAUUCAGGUGAAUUUUCUCAGUAUUUCUCAUCACCAAUGAAAGUUUGAGUUCAUCGAAAGUGUGGAAGCGAAAUGGAUGUUUCCUUUUAUCCAAGAGAGGAUGAAGAAAAUCGCAAUUUGGAUGAUGCAUAUUGACGAAUUCAGACUCUUACCUUUGGAAGAGAAGGUGAGGAAAUUAUUUAUACAAGGGGAUCGUCGAUCAUUUCAGUUUUCUAUUUUCAAAGUGGUUUGGGUGGUCUGGAAAAGAAUGGAAACAAUCGCUUCAUCUCUCGAAAUUUUCGGCUCUCGAGUCCUCCAGGAGCAGGUCUGAAUUUUGAGAAUUAUGAGAAAAAUUAGAUUUUCUUCUGUAGAACUUUCAAAAAAAGGUAUUUUCCAGCUGUUGGUCGUCUCACCACAGUACGCGAUACGCACAGAAAAGUUUGAGGUCGACAUUUCGAGUAUCACCGAUUUUCCCAAGGAGUACGUUCAAAAGUAAGCACCUCCUACAGCUUCUCUUCUGAUGAGGUGUUUGGUAGCAUGUUCAAGCCUUUCACGAACCGAAUGUUUGCGGAAGUUGCAAGUCCCUUGCUGGAGCUGGCGCCGUCGCGGAUCGAAGUCGCAUACAUGCUGUGUCAAAUAUCUUGGCACAUUGCCGGUUAGCUCGAGUAGCUCACGUCCAUGUUUCCCACGGAGUUGCAGGAAAAGACGUCCACGAGUCGACGGUAGAGGCGGGGGACAGGUUUCGGGAAGAAAUCGCCGAGGACCUCCAUCAGUACUACACAGAUCUCAACCUCACCAACUACGCUUCUCGGCUCAUCAAACUGAUGAACGUCGUCAGUACGCUGCAUGUGAGUCGAAUUUUUUUUUCAAACUCUACUAAAUAAUCACUCUAAUUGGAUUUUUUUUGAUUUGCAGAAAAUACACAUCGAUCGGCAGAAAGUAGUGGAACUGGCUCGGCUGUUCGAUGUCUUCAAAAUUGUUAUAUCCGAACCAGAUAUUUUCGAUUGUUAA